AUGUGGACACUGUUCACCAAAUCGCUUAAUGCCGCACCUUCCUCAGUUCAGACGACUACCGUGAAUGGUGCUGUCAACUUUAGUAUAUCGGCAUUACUAGGCUAUCUCGUAUUCGACGAACCAUUGGCAUUAGGAUGGUGGAUUGGCGCAAGUCUUAUUUUGACAGGCAGCAUUCUACUUUCUCGAGCACAAAAUCGGAAAGAAAAGACAGAAUAA